CGUCUUCUCUGUCUGUCCCGUCACACACGCGCCGUUAUUAGGUCCCUCAAGUCAGUUUCCGAAAACGUUCAGCUAAAUCCGUAUACAAUACUGUACAUGAUGUUGCUAACAGACAAACAGACAAACGGACAAAAAAUGAACGGAACCAACCUCCUUGGCUGUGCAAUUACGUUCAACCAACUAGGGAAUUAUAUCGGAUAUAAAUCCCUGAUCCAACGUUGUGACCAUGAAGUCUGCAAUUUCAAACGAAUCCAGGUGGACUCAUAGUUUUAUCCCGUGUUAACGGGUUGUCAUUGAGAACUGUCAAUCAAACUAUUUUAUCUUCGCAUGAUUAAUGCUAGUAGUUUAUCUGUUAUUUAACAGCACGGCACAUGAACAAUCAUUAUAGGGAAGCAAAGUGGAAGAAAGAACGUUUACGAGCCUUGAAAUGGCAAGAUUAUCUUUAAAGAGCACAAGGAGACGUAGUCCUUCUUUCUAUGAGGGCAUUUUUGAUGAGGAAGAGUUGCUAAGAUUGGAAAGGUUUAUGAAUGAGGACAUGGAUGUCCACAGAGAUGACAGGAAGUCCCUAUUGAAGGAAAACAGUUGUCAGGCAAUUUGUCCGGUGUGUAUUUGUCAGUACGAUGACUGUGUACACAUUCCCAAGUUUCUUUCUUGUCAUCACACCAUUUGUGUCAAGUGUAUCAGUAAACUUGAAAUUGUUUCGAGAAUCAAGUGUCCCGUGUGCCGUUCUAACACCAAUCUUCCCUCGGGAGGCGCUGCAGGGCUCCAGACCAAUUUCUACAUAACGUCCAAUGCAGAAGAAGGCUGCACUAAGCACUCAAACCAACCUUUCCAUUUCUACUGCAAAACUCACCAGUCACUUGUUUGCCAGUCGUGUACCGUUUUAGAACACAGUCCAACUCCAAGGGACGGCCAAAAACCCUGCCUACUUCAGGACAAAGCAGAAUUAAAACAAGAAAUCAGAAUUGAACUAGAAACUAAACAACAGGAGGUCUGCAAAGCAAAAGACACAUUCCAUAGUAUUCAGAAUAAAACUACCGACCAAAUCCAACAGUUGAAAGACAUGAGAGAACAGCAAAUCUGUAGUGUGAAGAAAACGUUUGACGGCUACGUGAAAUACGUCGAAAAAUGUCGCGAAGAAGCAUGCCAAAAUAUAGAGACCGAGUAUAGUAUUAAACUGAAUCAGUUGCAAACUGCUAAAACAGACGCAGGAAAGCUUGAGAAAAAGAUGGAGAGUCAUUUAGAAAAAAUUAAAGGUGUACUUGAAAAAGACAAAAUCCAAAAUCUUUUAUUAGAGAAAAAACAACUAGCUCAUAUUUCUUCGAAAAACCAUGAAAUCGAGCGUUUGGAAGCUGUCACCAAAGGAGUGGCUGCAUUGCACUACACUCCAGCAUACGCGUCUGAAGAUGAACUCAAAAAACAUUUCAGUCCAGUUGGGAAGAUUCAGUAAUUUCUUUUGCAUUCAGGCUAUUAUAUGAGAGAAUUUUGGCAAAGAGUGAAUGUAGAGGGAAAGAAAAUGGACAUAGAGACAAGACACUCUCGAAAAGUUAAUAGAAUUCUUCUCGCUGGGUGGCAGUCUAGAGCAAAAACAUUAGUUGACCCGAGUAACUUUUGUCCUAUUUAUCUGAGUAUACAGUAUUUAAUCCUAUCCAAUUGAAAAAUGCACAUAUACAGUACAUACAUGUAUAUAUGAUAAGACUGCAGACAUGUAAUAGUAAUACAUGUACACCCGAAUCAAAGCUCUUGGCUAUUUUAAUAUUUUAAGAAAGUUCUAAUUGUCUUUAUAUAGUCCUGGCGCUUGUAAAACAAUUUCAGAAAUAAAAUUAACUGAAAAUUAGAUCAAUUGAAUGAUGGUUACAUCUGGUUUUAUCUAAAUAUAA